AUGGUGAUAUCGUUGCAGCUCCGUUUACUGAGCAAGCCACCUCUGCAGCCAACACAGCCCCUUUUUUCUCUUACCUCUCUAACCCCCUUUUUCUUUUCUCUUUGUCUCUUUUCUUACUUUCUCUCUGUAACCUGCCUCUUUUCUCUUGCUCUUUCUUUUCUCUUUUUUUCAUUCUGUAACUCCUCCCUCUUUUCUCUUACUGUCACUUUUCUCUCCGUAACCUGCCUCUUUUCUUACUUUCCUCUCUGUAACCUCUUUCUCUUAACUCUCUGUGGCCUCUUUUCUCUUACUUUUCUCUUUUCUCUUACUACUCUCUCUUACUCUCUGUUCUUUCUCUUACUUUCCUCUCUGCCCCUGCCUCUUUUCUCUUAUCACACUCUCUGUAACCCUGCCUCUUUUCUCUUUUUCACUCUCUCCCCACUCUGCCUCUUUUCUCUUACUUUUCCUCUCUGUAACCCUGCCUCUUUUCUCUUACUUUCACUCUCUGUAACCCCUGCCUCUUUUCUUACUUUCACUCACUCUCUUUUCUUAUUUCACUCUCCUGCCUCUUUUCUCUUACUUUCACUCUCCAUUAACCCCUGCCUCUUUUUCCUCUUACUUUCACUUCACUCUGUAACCCUGCCUCUUUUCUCUUACUUUCUACUCUCUGUAACCCCUGCCUCUUUUUCUUUUACUUUUCCUCUCCGUAACCCUGUCUCUUUUCUCUUACUUUCCUCUCUGUAA